GGGGUGAACCUAUAAAAGGUCAGCGGUGACACCCGGGCAAUCACUGUGGUCGACUUCCCGACUCGUGUCCCGCAUCAUCCGUACCGUCCAAAACAAAGACCCCCUCCCCACCCCAAGAGCAUCUCACAAUGGCCCUGCACGGUAUACUGCAUGAUGCUGAGGUCGCUGCAGCCCUGGAUGCUUGCAAAGACGCCGGAACGUUCGACCACAACAAGUUCUUCAAGACCAGCGGCCUGGCUGGCAAGCCCUUGGACGCCUUGAAGAAGGCUUUUGACAUCAUUGACCAGGACAGGAGUGGUUUCAUUGAGGAGGAGGAGCUCAAGUUGUUCCUGCAGAAUUUCAGGCAUGGUGCGCGCACCCUGAAUGACGCCGAGACUCAGGCCUUCCUCAAGGCCGGUGACACCGACGGCGACGGCAAGAUCGGCGUUGACGAGUUUACCACCUUGGUUCAGGCGUAAAGUGGCACGUGACCAACAGCACCCGCUCCCAUGGAACAACAACACCCACCACCCCCCCCCCUUUUCAUCUGAAUACAAAGCGUUUUUAUACAAUUGCUUAAGAGACGUUUUCUCCGACGCAAUACACACUAUCCAACAAAAAUGAUGAUUGCUCAUGUCUUAAUGAUCGAGUUUGCUUUUUUUUCCAAACUAUGCACUUUCCAGGAACAGAAGGUAGGGACGAAGAAAUGUUCUUUCGUUACGGUCCCUCUCUGUCUUAUCGGAGGUUCAGCAUGUGUCUUUUCAACUAUGUGACAAUCUGACUGAAAAAAAGCACCGAAUAAACUUGUGGACAGGAAAAACGA